AUGAACACCGAAUUCCAGACCUCCCUCUCCAACCUCGAAAACAAGCUCAAUGCCCUCAUCACCAGUCUCACGACCUCCCCCACAGCAGCCGGCGCCCCGGCAGCAGCAGUCGGCCUCCUAGAUGCAGACGACUCGCUCACCUCCGCGAUCGCAACCCUCCGCCAACACCAGGACAACUACGCCCGGAUCCUGCGCCUCCGCGCGGAAGCGGCCUCGCUGGAAGAAAAAGUCAAAGGCAUUGUGAAAACAGUCGUGAACUACGAGAAGGAAAUCCGCACAGUCUGCAACUCCGACGAGAUCGACAGCGACUCCGACUUCGACUCCGACAGCUCCGCCUACGACAGCGAUGCCGAGAUGCAAGAUGCGACUGAUAAGCCGCGGAAGCUACGACGUAUCAACGAAGUGGAUUAUAAGCUCUUGCUUGAUUUCGCGCGCCGCAUAAGCAAGUAUAACCACCAGGCGGCUGCGGAUGCGGAGGCCGGGGCGAAAGCGCGGGUCCAGCAGGGGGACCAUGAUACGGAGAUGACGGGGACGGGGACGAACGGGCUGGAGGAUGGGGAAGCGGCGCCGGUGUCGAGUGUUACGAAGGAUGCGACGUCCUGGCUGGACGAGUCGGCCAAUAUGACGCGCCAGGUGUAUAUGUUGCCUUAUCCGAUGGAGGAUCGCAUUCGGCUGGGGCUGAUGGGGCAAAUUCAGCUGGCUGCCGGUGAGGGACGGCCCGGGUUUGAUCCUGAUCAGGAGGUCGAGCGGUUGAUUCGCGAGGCGGAGGGAUUUGGGGCUGCGGAUGCGCCGCCGGUUGCGAACGUGGGCGAUGAGCAGAGUCGCGUGGGCGAGGCUGCGAGGGCGGCUGCGAAGGCUGGGUCUGCUGCCGCCGCCGGCAGUGGUGGAGUGUCGGCUGCUGCGCCGAAGCCGAAGCCGAAGGCUACCCUUGAUUUGGAUCUGGAUGACGAUGACGAUGAGGAUGAUUUCUGA